UAAAAAAUACAUGUUUUAUUUGCAGUUUGGAUCGAGCGGCAUUUGAUAAUAAAACAGUUACUUUUGAAGAACACAUUAAAGAGGAGCAUAAUAUGUGGCAUUAUUUAUAUUUUAUUGUACUUGUUAAAGUUAAAGAUCCUACUGAAUUUACAGGACCUGAAAGUUAUGUUCAUGCAAUGGUAAAGGAUAAAAACUUAGAAUGGUUCCCACGUAUGCGUGCUAUGUCACUGGCCGCAGAUGAAGGAGAAGGUGAACAGAAUGAAUUGAGAAAUUUACAAACACAGUUAGAAAGUACAAACAAAUUGGUGAUGACGUUAUCAGUUCAACUUUCGGAGCUCAAAGACCAGAUGACAGAACAAAGAAAACAGAAGCAGAGAAUUGGAUUAUUAAGUACUCCUGCUAUGAAUGCCUAGAACACCAUUCUUUAUUCACCAGUGCCUUCAGUGUGUACCAGAUGAAGAUGUGUGCAACCAACAUUUGCUAUAUCACCAUGUUGCUGUCAGCUACUGAAAAUGACAAUAUGAGUGACAAUGAAUGUUCGUUAUAUUAACAACAAACAACUUUUUGUACAGAUUUGAUGUGAAUGGGAAUUGAGAGUGCAAUUUAUAAGAUUAUUAAACAGUUUAUAUUUUAUUUGAGGCUGCAAAGCAGCCAUAUUAGAGCCAAGUUUAGUUACUAGGCAACCAUUGUGGCCACAGUUCUGGAAUAAAAUGCCUCAUUUUUCUAUUUAAUGAGUAUGAAAUUGCGUUUUGACACAUUUUUUUUUUCAAAGGCACCAAAACAAUCAAGCAUAGUUUACUGUGAAUAGUAAAGUAAAUUACAGAGAAAUUGUAAGAAGAAGAUAUAUUGAAAACUGGUGUAAAUUGAUGCAGUUGAUAUGAGGUUGCCGGAAGAGUCUCAUUUGUUGUAGACAGGAUAAUCACCUCUCAUUUAUACCAAUUAAGUUAACAAUUUUACAUCCACCACCUGCAUAUAAAUUACUUAAUAUUUUUGUACAAACACCAUGCUUUGAUCAGUCAGGAUUGUACCAGAUCAUCUAUUUAUAAAUCCUAUUUUUUGUGUAUUUUUCUGAAUGCAUGAGUGAAAAUAUUUAAUAUAUAUAUAUAUAUAUUUUGAUAAUCAGUGUAAAUAAAUAGUAAAUCAGACUAAGUCAUCAAUGAAUUGUGUAUGUGCACAUGAUUCAGAGACAAUGUUUUUUUAAGAAUUGUCACAAAUUAUCA